AUGACGCAGCCGCCAAUUCACUUUCCCUGCAAAGAGACAAAGAUGUGCAGCAGAAAACUUCAGCAUUUUGUGGCAACCAUAAUCUGUAGAAAACAAAAAGUUAUGCCAAAACUAAACGGGAAACCAAAACCAAAAACUAGUUCAGAUGUCUAUAUUCUUGAAAAGUUCCUGCAAACAUAUGAAAAGCAUUGCAUGGCAUCCCAAAGUCAUGUCUCUCCAACUAUUAAACAGGGCGUACGAAAAUGUAUAGCAAGUGAAACAUUAAUCACCAAGUUUGUGCUUACAAAUGUGGAAACCUUAUCAGGAAAUUUGCAUCCAGUUUCUCUUACUCCUUUACUAAGGACUAUUCGAGAUGAACGGUAUCAGUUGGGAAAGGAGCUCUGUAUCUGGGGAAUUAUGCUAAGUCCUCAAGAUAUUGCAAACCUUGCAAUCUUACUAGAACUGGAUGGGCGCACCAUCUAUCCGUUUUCUAAAUUAGAAAUAUCUCAUCAUGCGUUAGAUCUUUGGGCAACAGAGAGACUUGGAGUUGCUUUGCCUUACAGCAAUUUGAGUUCUCUUGUAUUGGAUUAUUCCAAAUGUGGAGAUAAUGGUGUCAAUAGCCUUAUUUCUGGAUUAGAGGGAAACAGAAAGCUUUUAACUCUGAGCCUCUGCUACUGUGAUUUAGGACCUGAUAGUGGGUCAACACUAGCAACUCUCAUAAUCCAAACAGCCAUUUGCAACCUGUUCCUUAAUGGUAACCACUUGCAGUGUCUGGGUGCCACAGAACUCCUCAAACCAAUAGCAGAGUAUGCUGAAAGCAUUGGUCAAGAGAAGAAAGCAAAUGCUUUGGUGUACAGCAAUGGCACUGCUCACCACACCAUUGAAGCAAACAAAGACACAGGUAUUGAUUCAAAAAUGAUCCAUUUGAAUGCUACUUCCAAAACAGAUAAUUCCCCUACUGCGAAGAAAAAGAAAAGAAAAGGCUUAAAGAAGAAAAGUAAGGAUCCUGACCCUGGCCCAUGGUUAGCAAAACUGCAUUUGGCUGAUAACGCCAUAGAUGGAAGGUUUAACCAAAGAGAAAAAAACAUUUGGGAAUUCAUUCAACUUUUGACUUGUCUAAUCAAGAAUUCUGACCACUUGGUGGAAGUUGAUAUCAAUGGCAAUGCUAUAGGAGAACAGUGUGCAAUAAAGAUAUUGGAAGCUCUUAAGGACCGAAAGAAAGAAGAAAUGCUACACUUAAAAAUCAAGGUAACCCCCCAGAUUUCAUCAGUGACUUUCAAGGAAAUUUUCAGGAGUUGCUCCAAAAUCAGUCCAGCUAAAAAGAGAAAGAAAAAGAAAACCAAGUGAUUAUAAAGUCUGCAUUUGCUUUCUGAAGAGUUUUGGUUCAAGGAAGUUAUUAUACUUUACCCAUUCUUUACUUGAUGUUCACAUUUUGUAAAUACUACAAAAAAUGUU